AUGGACGGCGCUGGAUUGCCAGAUCUGGUGAACAUCUGGGACUUCAUUGGCGAGCCAGACAGCCCCAAGAGCCCCAGCAGAAGCGAGCCGGACUUGGAGGUGCCGGAGGGCAUUGAGGAGCUCCCUGCAGAGGACUUUGAGACGCCCUGCGACGCCUUGGGCACCUCAGGUGGCACGGCGGCCUUCUAUGCCCUCCGGUACCGAGAGGGGCGCGAGCCGAAGGGCCUGGCGAGGGACUUCUUCGUGGGCAAGGACGUGGCGCACGCCCGCGACGAGUUGGACUUCUACGCCAAGCUCUCCGCGGUGAGCGGCUCCGGCGGCUCCGGAUCCGCCUGGGCGCGGUUUGCGGCCCAGGCGAUGCGCUGCCCGGGCAUGGCGCGCCUGGAGUGCGUCAAGCCGUCCCAGACGCCCUGUUUGCGGCUCCUGCUGCUGCUGGAGAACCUGCGGCAGCCCUUCCUGGAGAUGCGGCUGCUGGACAUCAAGCUGGGCACGGAGACCUCCGUGGCCGGCUGGAAGGGCAAGAGCCGUCUCCACGCCUGGAAGAAUGCAUGCGUGGACCAACGCACAAACUCCGCUGUCGAGGGCUUUCGCUUGGAGGGCAUCGAAAUGCCGCCGCGGUCUCUUGAAGAGAGAAUCCUGGCGGUGGUCAAUGCCAAAAGCACGUCUGCCACUGCAAAGUACAUCUCGCCCAAGGUGAUCCGCCGCUUCACGUUGCAGAGGCUCCGCGCGGCGGAGUUCCUGGAGUCCUGGCUGGAUGUGUCGCACUUCGGCCCGGGGUCCGAGGUGCAUGCGCAGAAGGCGUUGCUGGAGAGUUUCCGGCAGGUGCAGGGCCUGGUGCAGGCGGUGGUGGCCUUGGAGGUGCCUCAGCAGUGGAUCGGCUCGUCGGUGGCGCUGGCGCUGGAGGUGGGGACCAUGGCGAGGCUCAGCGUGGUGGUGAAGGUCUUCGACUGGGGCCGGGCGGAGCUGACCACCGCGGAGGAGUUUGCGGCGCUGAAGGUGGAGGCCCAGGAGAGCCGGGGCCACUACUGGCGCCAGUACCUCCGCGCGCUUGGGCGCCUCUUCUGGGAGUUGGGGCGCUUGGCGGUGCAUCGCUGCUGCUGCCCUGCCUGGCAGGUGCUGAUCCUGGAGCUCCGGAGCUUGUCCCCGGCGGUGUUCCGUGCCGCGGUGCUGGGCGCCGGGGAGAGCUUCGGCACGGUGCCGGUGACCUGCGGCAUGGGCUUCUUCCAGAUGGCCCCGGAGGGCGGGGCGGGGGAGGUCUCCGUGCCGUUGCUCGGCAGCAGCCCGGACGAGCCCGUGGUGGGCUCGGUGCGGGUGCACGUGACGGCGCCGGAGGGGGGGGUGGGGCUCACCGCGGUGCGGGUCCUGGAGGCGGAGCUUUUGGUGCAGGAGCUGGACCUGGCCACGGUGCGGGUCCUGGCCUUUGAGCGCCUGGGGGACGCCAAGAUGCACCUGGAGGCCUUCCAGCGCGGCGAGCGCUCUGCGCCGGCGCGGGGCCACGUGUGCUGCCAGAGCACCGGCCCGGGGCGGUGCGGCGGCGACGGACGUCCCGGGCGCCUGGUCUGGGAGGAUCGCCUGGAGUUCUCCGCGGGGCCUCUGGCGCGCGAGGCCGUCUCGCUGCUGGAGGCCUUGCCAUCCCCGGAGUCCUGGACGGAGAUGCUGCCGCCGAGCACGGCGAGCUGCGAGGAGGUGGAGGAGAAGGCGAAGGUCUUCUUGAAGCAGCUCAUCCCCUGGCUCGACGCCGAGCCGAGGAAGGUGGCCUGCGGGAGCGCGCACACCCUUCUGCUGGUGAGAGCCGAGGAGGACGGGGAGGAAAGGACUCACAUCCUGGGCUGGGGCAACAACCGGCACAACCCGCUGGGCCUGCGGCGACAUGGAGACAAGGAGGGGAAGGCUGAGAAGGUGAAUGGAGUCUUUGAGUGCACCACGCGUCCGUUUGAGGAGGGAGAGGGUGGCAAGCGGAAGGCACAAACGUCCCGGCACUUGGUGGAGGUGUCCUGCGGCAGCAACCACUCCGCCAUCCUGGAGGACUUGGAGUUGAUGCCUGAGACCGGUGAGAGUGAGACGGGCGUCAGGGAGUCCUUGACCUUCGACUCAGUGUUGGACCUUGCCGGCCAGGCCGGCGCCGAACGGGCACACCGGGCAGUGCCCUGGCGGUAUGCGAGUUGGGAGGAUUCUUGUCUCAGGGAGCUUUCCAACAGCCGACAGCUCGAGCGCUGCUUGCCGCCCGCGCCUGGCGCCACGGACGGCGGUCGUGGGGCCGUCGAGCCGAUGGGCGACUACGAGGACUUCCUGGCGCUGCGGAAGCACGUGCGGAAGCUGCAGGGUGGCACCCCACUGCUGCUGCACACCAACGGCGAGGACGACCUGCAGAUUUGCACCUUUGCGGUGUCCCAGGAUUUGCAGGCCUUGACCUGGCGGCGGUGCGAGGGCGGCAGCGCCUGCCGCCUGCCGCUCGCCGCCAUCGCGGCGGUUGACGUGAGCUCCCCGGGCACCGGGGGCCACUUUGCCCUCAAGGUGCAGCUCCGGGAGAGGCAGGCGAACUUGCCCCAGACCCUGGAGCUGAUCUGCACCUCUAAGGACGACCUGGAGAGCUGGCACCAGGGCCUGAGGUUCCUCAUCGGGGACGGGGCGGCGGAGUCGGCGACCGCGGACUUGGAGCAGAAGCUGAAGUGGCAGGAGCAGCUGAUCGAGCGCUUGCAGCAGGAGAACAACAUGCUCAGAGAGAUUGUGAAGAGGAAGGAUGCCACCAUCGCGGACCUGCUGCGGGACCAGAACAAGUCCAUCAAGACAGAGUCCACGAGUCGGGAGAGUGACGAGCACCUGCAGUACCGGGAGGUGGCCAUUUUGCGGCGGAAGAACAAGCGGCUCCAGAACGAGCUGAAGUCGAAGCAGCAGACCAUCAGCGGGCUGCUGAAGCUGGUGGAUCGGCUUUCGCAGCAGGCGGACGCGGAGACCAGCGCCCAGGAGACCGCGGAGGAGGAGGUGGAGGUGAACCCCAAGGACAGCCGGCCGCCGGAGGCCAAGGCGGAGCCCAAGGCGGAGGCGCCCCGAGACGCUGCGGCCCAGGCGCGGGAGGCGCGGGAGGCGCGGGAGGCGCGGGAGGCGCAGGCCAUGGAGGCGCUGGAGGUGCGCCAGGCGCAGGCUGCGGCGGCCCAGGCGGCGGCGGCGGCGGUGGCCCAAAGCGCCCAAAGCGCACAGAGCGCGAGCGCGCCCGCGGCGGCGCAGAUGGCGCAGAUGGCGCAGCUGCUGGGUGGCAGCCCCUCUGGGCAGGGGGAGGUGGCCAAGAUGUUCAUGGGGGAGAUGGCGGGGCUGGCGGAGAAGCUGCAGAUGUUGGAGAAGGCCGCCGCCAGCGCGCCCGCGCCGGCCUUUCAGCCGCCCAGCCGCGCACCCAGGGGCAAGGGCCCCAAGAGCGCCCAGGCGCUGGAGGCCUUGCAGCGGGAGUUCGAUGCCCUGGAGAACAAGAAGCGGGUGGUGCAGCAUUUGGCCCACACCUUGGAGCCUGAACCUUCAGACUCUGAGGAUGAUGGCUUCCCCCUGAGAUGA